GGGACACAUACCUCUAUCAGUCCCUCCUUGGAAGCAGUUAAAAUGGUUUCCAUCCCCACUGAGGAAGACGUGGGAGCAACAGGCACUUUCCCGGUACAAAAGACAGGCAAAGACUGGUUUCUGAGCUGGUUUCUGCGAGGGGACGGAUGGUGCCAACAAGCGGGUACAAGCCACGGUGCCCGGAGAUACCCACCCCAGGGCUUCCCGGAGACGCUGAUGAAGCUUUGCAAAACUCCCCUCCACACGUACACUGAUCCCCGGGCGAAUCGUGGCAUCUGGGAAACAUUUUCCCAAAGCUCUCCCGAGUGCCAGAGGACACCAGGCUCCUUGGAGAAGGGCUCACAGCUCUCCGCAGCGUGUAACGGGAACAGCCGCGGGGACACCAGCCCCUGUUCGUGUCGGGAAGAACCGCGGGAUCCUUUGGGAAUACACCAGCUCUCCAAGCAUCUCCUGCAAACAUUUUGGGUCCCUGCCCUCGACAGCACCCCUUCAUCCCUGUUACCCACACCGAGAGCAUCGUUACCAGGGCAUCGUUACCCCUCCUCCCUCGUUUGGGGGUCGGAGGAUGUUUAGGACCCAGGCUGUGCAGCUCCUCCCUUUCAGGUCUCUUCAGGGUUAUUGCUUGGUGGGAGGUAGGUUCAGGGCUUGGUGGUAUGAAUGAAAGAGAGAGAGAGAGAGGGAGGAAAUCUGGACUGAAAGGCUCAAACUGGAAUAGCUCGCCUGUCUCCAGGCAACAGGCCUGACGCAACCGCUGGAAAAAAAAAGUCCCUUAAAUAAAAAAAAACACACACACACACACAGAUUUCUGAAGCGAGACACAGAGGAGGAUGAGAGAGUCCCCAGAAGGCACUGGUGACACCGCUCUGCAAAUACCAAGUUGGAGACCUGGGGUGGAAGGAGGGAUCCAAGAUGUCCGUGCACUCGUCCCUCUGAUUUGCUUCACGGUGUUCAGCCAAGGCCGAUGUGGUGUUUGAGCGGGAGCCACCACCGCCACGCUGUCCUCCAAGGGGUUGUGUUUGUCACACCGCAGGAGCUGGUCCAGCCCUGAGGGUUUCCAACCUCCAUCCCUGGACCUUUACAGAACACCCCUAUGCUAUUGGACUCCCAAAGAGGAUGUCUCUGCCCAAAAUCCAAAUAGAAGAGGCACUGGACAACACGGAUGCUGGCUCUGGAGGUGCCGCUCCUCUUGAUGACCAUCUGAGGAGCCUCAAGGCGUUGACGGAGAAGCUGAGACUGGAGACCAGGCGCCCUUCCUACUUGGAGUGGAAGGCGAAGCUGGAGGAGCAGGCAUGGAAGAGCCCCCAGCCAUCAGGAGAGGAGGAGGAGGCAAACGAGACCAAAAAGGCCACGGGGGAGACUGUCCCCUUGAGGAAGGUGCAGCUGCAUCUCAAUGGGAGCCCUGCCCAGGACAAGGUGACUCUUACCUCAGGGAGAAUAGGUGGCUUUGAGAGCAUCGAUGAAGCUUUGACGUGGCUGAGGAAGGAGCUGGCAGAAAUGCGUCUGCAGGACCAGCACCUGGCAAGGCAGCUCAUGCGCCUUCGCAGUGACAUCAACAAGCUGAAGAUCGAGCAGACCUGCCACCUCCACCAGCGCAUGCUCAAUGAUGCCACCUACGAGCUGGAGGAGAGGGAUGAGCUCUCUGACCUCUUCUGCGACUUCCCGCUUGUGAGCUCCUUCAGCCUCUCCACACCGCUCAAGCUCAUCGGGGUCACCAAGAUGAACAUCAACUCUCGCCGGUUCUCACUGUGUUGAAGCGGGGGAAGAAGAGGGAAGGAAGGGGGAGAAAGAGAGAGAGGACUGGGCAGCACCAGGGCUCUCUCUGCCUGAUGGCUGGGUGAAAAGAGGCCAAAGAGGGGCAGAGGGAACAGGAGCAAACAGGGAACCCACAGCUGGUCUUGGUGGCAGGGCAGAGCAACAGAGUUGGGCACUGAAAUGGCCCAGAGAUGCUCAUUGAGAAGAUAGGACCUAUGUGGAGGAAGCGUGGAGAGCAUCUGAACACACCAUGUGCACUUAGCCUGGUCCUUUGCAAAGUCCCUUCUUCUCUUCCCCCAACAGUAACUAAGAGAAUACAACACCAGAGUGGUUGUACUCAAAAAUCAAAGGAGGGGGUCAAAGAUCAGCCAAAAAGCCAAGCAAAAUCCCUUUUCCCUUCCCCUUUACCUCCUACCAGGCUACAACCAUCUCUUCAGAGUCACUCUCCUCCCUGGAUGUCGCCUUGAGCAUUGAUCUUCAACCUCUGCUCAUCCAAACACAGGGUCCACGGGGCUAUUUCAGGUGGGAAGCUGAUUUCCAGUGGAGAAGAGCAUUCCUAGAAAGUGAGAGAUUGUGGGUUAAAUGGUAUGCAGCCCCAAAAGAAAGUGUUGAGAAGAUGUGUUUGUUGAUUUGCUCCAUGGAGUCCAGUGUACUCUAGCUUGAUUUUGCCUGUGGUACAGAUUAUGAAGAGAUCAUGGACACGUUUAUAUAGAGGCUCCAGCCUGCCAGAAGUCACCUGUGUGCCCUAGAAGUUAUACGCAGAGCAACAUGUGUUCUUGAUCUUGUUGUGAGCAGUGGCCACAAGACACCAUGUGGUCGCCCCCUGCAAACAGUAAGGCAAAGGAGGUAACUUACACCCAAGACAUAUCCUAUUGGAAAAAUCACCCCGGGCUGUCAUUCCCCCUACAGCAGCACCAGCAAAUCCUGGAUCCUCUGUAGCAACACACAUCCGUCAGAGAAAGGAACUUUGAGACGGACAACAAAAUGGACUGUGUAAUGAACUAUAAAAUUAAAGGGAGAAAUAUUGCUGCGAUGAGCUUUGGACCUGCAGCAGACACAUGGGAUUCCCUCCCUGCUUGGCAGGAUGAAAGAUGGAUGGUAUCAUUUUCUUGCCUUUCAGUGCACACAGCUGCACACCUGCCUAUACGUGGCAUGGAGGGCAGAGACACCCAUGGUGUAGCCCAGCAAAGGCAGGGACACAAGCAGUCUAGCCAUGGAAAUCUUGGGACACCUGACACCCAAUACAGUCUGUCCAGAGGGAGUGUGGGUUCCUCUGGGUUCUCUCUCCUGUGUUUACAUCUCUCCUGGCCACGUCAGAGCAGUGAAAUCUCUCAACCCAUCACCCCAGCCCAUCUCUGCUCACCACCACAUGCCCAAGCAGAGAGCUCUGUGGCUGAGUGAAGGUGACUGUGUCCACGCAGCACCAGCCCAAGCUGGAGAUGAGCAGGAGAUGCAAGCCAGUGCUGAGCUGAGAGCUGCGUGGCCUUGUCGAUGUGCCUGUACCUCACCAUGUCUGUAAGUUGUGUGUGUGCGUAAGUUGGUGUGUGUGUGCAUGUCAGCCCGCAGGACGCCUCUCUUGGGAGGCCGAGUGGUGGACCUACGCCUUUGUUCCCAAACACGAGGUGAACCAGAAGCCAGUGAGGCUCUGCCAUGCCUGGGAAGAUGCAAUGAGGCUUCAGGGCUUGGGGUUUCCACAGAGAGCUUAGGUUGAUGCAGAGAAGAUCAAUAAUUCAUCUCCCUCCACAGGAAGAAUGAGUUAACAUCACAAAGGGGUUCAUAGCCACAUGGGGCAGGGAACUGGCAGGGGACUCUGGAGCUGAGUUCAAUCUUCCAUCUAAGCAACCUGAUUUUGCUGAAGAUGUCCCUGCCCAUUGCAGGGGGGUUGGACUAGAUGAGCUGUGAAGGUCCCUUCCCACCCAAAUUUUCUAUGAUCUCCAGGAGCACCCAUAAUACGUAACCCCUGGUAAUGCCUCUCCCUCCACUCCAAAUCUCACUGAAUAUCAUUUCUUUCUGCCAAGGAAGGAGGUGCUUUGGGCACUGGAGGUCUGUCUGUGCCAGUAAGUUAAUCAGUGCCAUGCCUGGGUGCUGAACCUUGUUCUGCCCAGGUGGUGGAGGUUUAACUGGAUUGUGGCCAGACUACCAGCUGGAUUCUGGAGAAGACAACAGGCACUGAUGACACCACUAGAGAAAUAGUCUUAUUUCCCCAUGUAAAUCUUGAAAAAGAAAAAGUAAUUAAAAUUCUUACUUGUUUACUUUUUUAAUUAAAAUCAAUUCAUGUCCCGCAUGUUGAUUUUCGGAGGCUUUUUCGAUCAAAAGAAAGCAAUGAUGACUUUUCAGUGAAAAUAAUGGUUUGGAAGAGGGGGACUUGUCCUCUUUAGUGUCAGCUGGAGUCAGCCAUUGGGUGGAUGUGCCUUUGGGCUUUUGUCUGUUAGCUGAAUGCCAGAGGUUAGUACAAGCACAGUCUUAGGAGGUCAUUAUAAGUGGCAUUAGAAAUAUCAGACGUCUGGGUUCCAGACGUGUAUUUUCUGCAUUAAGUGUAAUGGGAGAUGGUUAUAACUGCCAGCUGUUCAUCAAAAUGCACAAUUUUUUAAUUAUAAAAUUAUGUCUGUAUUGA